GAAUUUGGGGAAAAGUAUAUAUAAAUAUAAAUUUGUAGAGUUAAACAGUUUACUGCUAUUCUUCUUUAGCUUUCGUCAUAUCAAUACAUAGGCCAGCCAGAAAGACUUUAUAUAAAAACAAAGCAUGAACCAUCCAUACCACAAAAUCGUUCUCUUUGGGGAUUCCAUUACUCAGUUCAGCUUUGAUCCUCUUUUUCAAGGAUUUGGCGCCAGCAUUGCCAAUGCAUACCAACGCAAGAUUGAUGUCAUGAACCGUGGAUUUUCUGGUUAUAAUACCACCUGGGCUAUUCCUAUCCUGCGUCAGUUGUUACCAACAGUUGAGCAGCAAAAGCAGCCUGCAAAGAUUCAACUUUUGACCAUCUUUUUUGGUGCCAACGAUGGUGCGCUUCCUAUUUCGUUCCAGCAUGUCCCUCUUGAGAAAUACAAAAAGAACCUAGAGGAAUUAAUUUCCAUGGUUCGGUCUCCUUCUUCUCCUUACUACAACCCUUCAUUGCGUCUUGUCUUGAUCACCCCUCCACCUAUCAAUGAAGUCCAGUGGAAGGUGGUUUGCGAAGAAAAUGGCAUUCAACUGGACCGCAAGUUUGAGACAACCCGUCUGUAUGCAGAGUGUGCUCGCAAUGUGGGCAAGGAACACAAGAUACCAGUAAUCAAUCUCUGGGAUGAAAUCCUGGACCGUGCAAAGGAGCAGAACCGCGAUCUUUCUCAAUUCUUGUCAGACGGUCUUCAUCUUAGUAGUCUCGGAAACCAGACUGCUUAUGAGCUGUUUAUGGAAGUGAUCAAUACACACUUCCCUGAGCUUCAUCCUGAUGCUUUGGAAAUGGAAUUGCCUUACUUCCGUGAUAUAGAUCCAAAGAAUUAUCUCGAUGCACUCCAGUUCAAGCUUAUCCAAAAAGAAUAGGAUUUAGAUUUUGAUCUUAACUGCCCAAAAAAAAAUACAAAUAAAUAAAUAAAUAAGAAAUAUAGUGAUGAAAAAAAAAUGACUUGCUAUCAUUUAUUUAUUUACUUAUUUAUUUAAGCACCUUGGACAAUAAACCUGGGAUAUCAUAUAGACAGAGUCAUAUACAUAUAUAAAGAGAAGCUUUGGCUAUCUUUACAAUUCUUGUUCAAAUAAACACUGUUUGUAUUUUAUUUUCUUUCUAUUC